CAGUUAAAAUGUGCAAGAUAAGGUUUAUGCUGUUGUUCCUGCUGACGUCAGUUCACACAACAACAGGUGCCGAUUAUUUGGACAUUACUGAAGUAAGACUUGUAGAUGGCAAUGGUUCAUUUAGCGGACGUGUUGAGAUCAAGGUUGACGGUGUUUGGGGAACGAUCUGUGAUUACGAUUUUGACAUGAACGACGCCAAAGUUAUAUGUAGAACACUGAAUCUGACAGCGACAUCAUUCUUUACGGGAGCACAUUAUGGGCAAGGUAAAGGGCCAGUAUUUGCUCAGAGGUUUUAUUGCAAUGGAUAUGAAAGUCACCUUAGAGAGUGUCUCUUCCAACCCAAUUCGUUUUGCGUUCAUUCACGAGACAUUGGGGUAAUAUGUACAGAAUGUGGGGACAUCGACAUCAAAAAUGGAAUCAUUGAGUCAAUAUCAUCAAAUGGUUCGGUUCUUACAACCUCUUGUGUUACUGACUACCAGACAAACACACACACAAGUAUAUGUCAAACUAAUAGAACAUGGUCAAACAACAUUACAUGUGCAACAUCUGGUAAGUUUGAAUUAUUUUCUGGAUUGAUACGUUAA